UGAAAGGUGAGCGAAGAAGGUGGCUCUCGGGAAGCGUAGUUCUUGCGGCUGAGGAAGUUGCGGAGCCGCGGGUGGACUCCGUGGACGCCGAAAGCCCAGAAUACGCCUCGCCGCCAUGCCGAAAUACUACGAAGGGAAAGAGGAGGACAAGCGGGCCUGCUCCGGGAUACGCGAGGACCUGAAGACCUGCUUGCUGGAGUGUCCCUGCGUCAUCAAGGAAGGGAAGAGCGCCAAACAAUGCUUGAAGGAAGGACAUUGCAGAAGUUUGCUAAUUUCCAUGUUUGAAUGCAGAAGAUCAUUGUUGGAUAACAGAACAAGAUUCAGAGGAAUAAAAGGAUAUUGAAGCUGCAUUUUAAGAAACAAUCUUGGGGAUAUUUUUGGCAGAUUGAAAGACCAGAAUUCUCUGGGUUUCCUUCGAAGCUAUUCCUGGAUGUGAUAUCAUGAAAUGAUUGGCACUGUGAAUAUUAGAUGUACUGAAUUGAAAAUCAAGUCUGGCAGUUUUGUGGCUAUCAUAUUGUAAAUAAAAUCUUUAAUUUCAACUGA